AUGAGACGGGCUCAGGAAAAAGGUAGAAAAAGGAGGCAAGCAGCGGCUACGUGUCAACGGCUGGACAGUUUUCUAGUUCCGAAAAGGGCACGUGAUCAACUUGUGACUCCUGAUCCAGAUUUUACACAGCUGGUUGCAGUAGACGAUCAACUAACACCGACUUCCAGUGAGUGCUGUAGUGGUAGUGUAGAAAGAGUAGGGUCGUCCUCUACCGCCACGCAUGUCGAGUCUUUGCGCAACACAUGCUGUGAAGUUUACGACAACGAGGCUCAGCGUGCAGCCGUCGCAGGAGGCAAUCAGCAAUGCCAUCAUGCUAAUACUUCUGAUCAUGAUUUAGUGGAUGAUAUUGGCAAAUUGUUUUUCAAAGCCAAGUCUCCUGUCGAUUUCUGCAAGUCCAUGCAGGCUCUGGGUGCUGCGGAGAAGUACAACCUACUGACAAAUCACAAAAAGCCUCGUGCCGACCAAGUUUUUCCUCCGACAUGUAUUGGUGGCCGCAACCGAGCUUUUCGUCCAGUUUGGCUAUCAGAACACCCGUGGAUGGUUUACAGCGAGCGAGUGGAUGGUGUCUUUUGCAUUGCUUGUGGAAUUUUCGUUGCUAAAGUGUCCAAGGGGAAGUUUGUAUGCAAGCCUUUUCGUGAUUGGAACAAGAAAGGAGAAAAAGCAAAGGAGCACGAGCAGUGCUUAUACCAUCAUCAAGCCAUUGAGCAAGCUGACAACUUCAAGCGAACCUUGGAGAAUCCAGAUACUACCAUUACUGCACAGUCGGACACCCGCAGGGCGGCCAAUGUCGCGCGUAAUCGUGCUGUCCUGAAGUCCAUUGCUUCUGCUGUGUUGUACUGCGCCAGACAGUGCAUUGCUUUACGUGGAGACGCAGAGAGUGUGGAAUCACCUGGAAAUCCAGGUAAUUUUCUUUCUUUGCUGAGGCUACUGGCAGUGCACGAUGAAGAGUUAAGAAGGCACCUGGAAAUUCCUAAAAUGCGAUGUGCAACUUAUCUUUCUCCUCAAACACAAAAUGAGCUGAUUAAAGUCAUGGGAAAGCACAUCCUCUUACAGGGAAUAAUAGGUGAUUUGACAGCUGCGCCCUUUUACGCCAUCCUUGCUGACGAGGUAACUUCGCAUAACGUUGAGCAUCUUGCCAUCUGCGCCAGGUUUGUUGACAGAAGUACUAAAGAGGUCAGAGAAGAGUUUUUAACGUUUUUGAAGUUGGACAGAAUUACUGGGGAGCGGAUUUCAGAUGGUAUCUUUGGCUUUCUGGAAGAGAAUAACAUACCACUUGCUACUAUGCGUGGUCAGGGCUACGACGGCGCCAGCAACAUGUCUUCAGAUCGAGUGGGUGUCCAGGCCAGGAUUAGACAUAAAGCUCCUUUAGCCACCUACGUACACUGCAGUGGCCACUGCCUUAACCUUGUGAUAAGCAAGUCAUGUGCUCUUCCAGAAGUACGUAAUGUGAUCGAUUGCGUUAAAAAAUGCAGCCGUUUCUUUCUCAAUAGUCCAAAGAGAAGUGGUGUUCUAGAAAUGAUCAUCAACCACAAUGUGGUCAAUGAAGAGAGGAGGAAGCCACUGAUCGAUCUGUGCAAGACGCGAUGGGCUGAGCGGCAUUCGGCUUAUCAGCACUUCUACCAAGGGUACGUAUUUGUGAUCGAAGCUCUAGAGAUGAUAGCUUUCCGCUAUCACUUGGAGAAAUAUGGGGCUACGUAUGCUGACUGGGACUAUGCAGGCCGCAAUGAAGCACAGCAGAUUCUGGCCAGUGUUACUUCCUUUCAGUUUGUUGUUGUGUUUGUGACGAUAUAUCAGUACUUAUCACACCUUUCGGGCAUUACCGUAAAGCUGCAGAGCAAAGCUGUUGAUAUCGUGAAAGCGCAUAACAUGAUAUCUGAAAUUGUGAGGACCUACAACAGCGAGCGCGCAAAUGUUGAAAGCAGCUUUUCUCAAAUCUACAAAGUUAGUUCAGACAUGGCGAAAAAGGUUGGAAGUACAAUUGCAAUGCCUCGCAUUGCAGCAAGGCAACAAAAUCGCAGCAAUAUUCCAGCUGCUUCUGUUCAAGAGUAUUUCCAGAGAAAUGUUGCAAUUCCCUUUCUUGAUCAUGUAAUUAUUAGCAUCAACCGGCAGUUCUCAAAGUCGGCAGUCACAGCCAUUUCCCUACUUGGUCUUGUACCAAGUAUCUUAUGUUCGCAAGAUGUCAACCUGGAAGAGGCGCUGAUCAAGUACAGAGAUGAUCUGCCAUCGCCUGAAUUGAUGGACGCGGAACUCAGGCGCUGGAGGAACAGGUAUAUGGCGAUGCUCCCUGAGAAGAGACCGUGCUCACCAGCAAAAGCCAUCAAAGAAUGUGACGCCAUUGACUUCCCAAACAUCUCAGUUCUUUUGACCAUCGCCUGUACCAUACCUGUCACCUCGUGUGAAUGUGAGAGAAGCGCCAGUGCUUUACGACGCCUAAACAACUAUAUGCGCGCAUCCAUGGCUAAGGACAGAUUGUCUCAUCUUGCUCUCCUUCACAUCCACUACGAUGUACCAAUAGAUCUUGACAACGUAGUCGAUUAUUAUGCUCGCCUUCACCCUCGCAGACUCGAACUUGACUCGGUACUGUUACACUAA